UCCGCCCCGCGGCGCUCGGGGCGGCGGCGGCGCCAUGCGGGGCCGGCUGCUCGCGCGGCUGCGGCGCCGGCGGCUGCGGCGGCUGCUGUUGGGGCUGGGCGCGCUCGCCCUGGGGCUCGGGGCCGCCUACCUGCAGCUGCUGGCCGUGCCCGGGCACGGGGACACCCCGGACCAAGGAUAUGAAAGCUGGAGGGAGCUGGCUAAGGCUCUGGCAGACAAGAAUGUUCCAGGUGGGAACCCAAGCCUUCAGCUUUACUAUCUGCAGAAGCUGAGACACCAGAAACAAGAGCUGCAAAGAGGCAGGAGGAAUAGAUCGAAUUAUGCAGCUGUGGACAGCCUUGUCCCCUGGAUGCCAGAGUUCCAGGGCCAGGCCAAUCUGCACGUGUUCGAGGACUGGUGUGGCAGUUCCACUGAGCAGCUCAGGAAAAACCUUCACUUUCCCCUCUUCCCCCACACACGAACUACACUGAAGAAGCUGGCUGUGUCCCCAAAAUGGACCAACUAUGGUCUUCGGAUAUUUGGCUACCUGCAUCCUUUCACUGAUGGGGAGUUUCAGUUUGCCAUUGCUGCGGAUGACAAUGCUGAGUUCUGGCUGAGUUCAGAUGAGAAGACCUCUGGUCUCCAGCUGCUGGCCAGUGUAGGCAAGACAGGGAAGGAGUGGACCGCACCAGGGGAGUUUGGGAAAUUUCACAGCCAGCAGUCAAAGAUGGUGAGGUUGUCAGCUGCAGGCAGGUACUAUUUUGAGGUGCUGCACAAGCAGGAUGACAGAGGAACAGACCAUGUGGAAGUAGCAUGGAGAUUGAAUGACCCAGAAGCAAAGUUCAAAGUCAUUGAUUCGCAAUGCCUCUCCCUUUUUGCUAAUGAGACGCUUUUAAAGAUGGAUGAGGUUGGACAUAUCCCGCAGACCUUGGCCAGUCACACGAGCCGGGCUGCUGACAGCGCAGGCAGCAAGGCACACCCAGCUGACAUGUUGAAACCUGACCCCCGGGACACUCUUUACAAAGUGCCUCUGCUGAGCAAGUCUCAUGUGCGCCGAGCCUUGCCAGACUGCCCGUACAAGCCCAGCUACCUGGUGAAUGGAUUUCCUCUGCAGCGCUAUCAGGGACUCCAGUUUGUUCAUUUAUCAUUUGUUUACCCGAAUGAUUACAGCCGCCUGAGCCACAUGGAGAAAGACAACAAAUGCUUCUAUCAGGAAAACCCUUAUUACUUGGAAAGAUUUGGAUUCUACAAGUACAUGAAAAUGGAUCGGCCAGAGAAGAGCCUGGACUCUGGAGAAAAGACAGAGCAGCCAGGGUCCCAGAAGGAUGACCUGGAAGACCUGCAGUACACGGAGCAGGACUUGGAGAGUACCAGCCCCGUUGAGCACCCUGGCCCAGGGAGAGCUGAGCCAGCAGGCAAUGCUGUCAGCAGGGUGGUGGGCAGUGAUAGUGUUCACGAGGACUAUUCUCUCCUGGAGCGUCGUCGGCUCCUGUCAGUGAUAGGUGGUGACAUAGGAGAGGGCCUACAGAGGAGAAGGACAAAGAGGUCUGGUGUCAAAUCAGCCAUGCUGGUCUCUGCCAACCAAAGCCUCAGCCAUGUUGACCUGAAAGGGCCAAUAAUGAAGAGACCCCCUUUAAAAGCUGGUAUUAAAGACAACUCCAGGAGCCCUCUGCAACGCACCAGGGCUGUCCAGGGAACAGCACCUGUCAAAAAGGCGAACCCUCCUUCUAGGACCAUGUCUCAAAAGCAGCAGCCUCUUGGUGGCCCCAGGAACUCAAGGGUCACGAUUCCCAAAGGUGUGAAAUCUCAGGGAGACCUCGGUGCUGCUAAGGAUGGGCUGCAGCCAGCAGGCACUGUGCCACCUGGGAGAGGAGACCCAGUCUCUGGCAAAGCUGACAGACACACUAUGAGCGCUGCCAGCCCCGGCCAGCGGCCUGUACUGACAGAGUGGCUGAACCAAGUGGAGUCCUACAUUGCUGAGCAGAAGGUGGCCAACGGUGGGGACAUGGGUGAACAGGUGGCAUCUCCCAUGAAGGGCAAGUCUGGGCCUGUGGCAGCAGAAGACGAAGAAGAAGAAGAGGUGGAUGGGGAGCCAGAGGAAGAAAAUGAGGAGGAUUUUGAUUAUGUACCAGUGUUUGACCAGGUGGUGAACUGGGAACAGACCUUCAGCACGAGCAACCUGGACUUCCAUAUUCUGCGCACAGACUGGAUUGACCUGAAAUGCAACACAUCAGGAAACUUGCUGCUAAGAGAAAGGGAGGCCCUGGAAAUCACACGUGUCUUCCUCAAGAAGCUCAACCAGAGGAGUAAAGGGCGGUUCCAGCUGCAGCGUAUUGUGAAUGUGGAGAAACGCCAGGACCGUAUGCGGGGCAGCCGCUACCUGUUGGAGCUGGAGCUGCUGGAGCAGGGAGAGCGGCUUGUCCGUUUCUCCGAGUACGUAUUUGCACAGGGCUGGCAGGGCAUUGGCGGUGAUGAGGAGGAGGAGAGGAAGAUGAGGAACCUGGCAUGGGGUCGCCGGCGGCACCUGAUGGCUGUGGCAAAUGAACCAGAGCUCUGCUGGCCCCAGGGCUUCUCUUGGAACCACCAUGCCGUGGUUCACUUCGUGGUGCCAGUGAAAAACCAGGCACGCUGGGUGCUGCAGUUUAUCUCUGACAUGGAAGAGCUGUUCCGGGUCACUAAGGAUCCAUACUUCAACAUCAUCAUCACAGACUACAGCAGUGAUGACAUGGAUGUAGAGAAGGCUCUGAAAAGAUCGGCCUUGCACAGCUAUCGGUACUUGAAGCUGUCGGGGAAUUUUGAGCGUUCUGCUGGACUGCAAGCAGGGAUAGACCUGGUGACGGAUCCGCACAGCAUCAUUUUCCUCUGUGACCUCCACAUCCAUUUCCCAGCUGGAGUGAUUGAUUCAAUCCGGAAGCACUGUGUGGAAGGCAAGAUGGCCUUUGCACCCAUGGUCAUGAGGCUACACUGCGGCAUGUCCCCACAGUGGCCUGACGGCUACUGGGAGGUGAAUGGAUUUGGUCUCCUGGGAAUAUACAAGUCUGACCUGGACAAGAUCGGAGGCAUGAACACAAAAGAGUUUCGAGACCGUUGGGGAGGAGAGGACUGGGAACUCCUGGACAGGAUCUUGCAGGCUGGGCUGGAAGUGGAGCGUCUCUCCUUGAGAAACUUUUUCCACUGGUUUCACUCGAAGCGUGGUAUGUGGAACCGGCGCCAGCUGAAGACACUGUAGCCUUCAACCCCAAAGCUGCCUGGCAGCGCCGUCCACCGUCUCAUCUCAACGUGCACUUUACUGAGGCACACAGCCGAGCACACAAAUUCUUCCUCUGUCUCCAGAACCCUCUGAAGGGAUGGCACAGCAGAGGAAGGGACAGUCAGACUAGGGUGGCGGGGGCUUCUCUCGUGAGCUUUUGCGUCCAAGAUGUGGGAUCCGUGUCUUGCUGGGAAGGCAUGCAGGGGAGAUGUUAAUAAGUCAAGGACACGUGUUUCCUGCCAUACAGUCUGGUGGAUGGUACAGGGGGAGAGGUGCCAUAUUUCCCAUUGAGUCUUGUGUGGUGCAAACCAACCAAACAGAAAUCCUAGCUAAGCCCAGAAUAGUUUAUUUACAGUAAUAGUUUCUCUUUCAAUACUUGAAGGAGAAAAAAAAAAAAAAACAGAAAAAACCCCAACCCUCCCCCUUUCUCCUCCUUCCCCAUCUCUCCGGUAUCCAUGCUUUUGGACAGGGGACCAAAAUAAGUUCUCUGAACGGUAUUGUGUCUGCUAGCCGAUUGGCUGACCCAAGGAAAUCUGGGUGUGGAGGAGCUGAUAGGCACUUUAGGCUGCAGGUGCUUAGACGUUUCUCUACUUUUCACUUUAGUCCUUUUGAAAAACCAUGCUCAUAUUCAGCAAAUUAUGGGCCAUGGGUGGAGACCGAAGUAUGUUUCCCUUAUGAGAGCCCUGGUUGCUUGCAACUGGGCAAGGUGGCAAGAGUAGUUGGUACAGCUCCACCUAAAUUAUUGAUCCACUGCCUGAGGGUAGUGGAGAGGUUAUACAGAGAAGCCAGAAGAGCAUCUCAGGAGGAAUUUUGCAGCCUUAUCUGACAGACGUGCGUUUGUCUUAACGAUAUCAGGGAAACCCUAGCAGGGAAGAAGUGGCAAUAUAUUAAUUGAAAUAUUGUGAUUUUGUCAGAAAAAGAGAAGACAGAGUAUUCUGCUCUCUAAAUCCUGUACAUUUAUUCAGCAUCUAACGGUUAAUUUAAUAAGUUAUGGCCUUGCUGUUGUGUCUUGUCAUAGUUUGACUUUUAUAUAAAGAGCAGACUUUUUGAUUGAAGAACUGGCACAUUUGUUGGUGCCUCAUCUCUGGAACAGCCCUGAGAGCUCUGGUCUGGUACGGAGGAGGUGGCCUCAGGUCUUGGCACUUGCACUGAGUGCAGGGAAUAGUGAGGACAGAAGAUGUCUGAGUAAAUAAAAGGAUGUGCAGACCCAUGCCAGCAUUGAUCCAAGAACUAUGUCCGCAGCUGGCCUGAUGCUCCAGGGAAUUCUCAGCCCCUAAAACUCCUGUUAAUGUAAGACAAGAAAUUUACCCCUUAACCAUUUUACAGGACUAUAGAAACUCCGAGAUCCCAGCACAGUCAGUGCUCUGUUCUGAAGCUUUGAUGUCUCCAUAUAAUGCUAAAAAGGUUGCUACUGGUCUCAAGCUUCAGAGGAGAGCACAACAUAGGAUGCUGUUCAUGGCACCCAGCUCUAUGGGGAGCUGUUGAUAAGUGAGUAAUGGAGGGACGUAGGAUAUAAGCAAUGCUGACAUGGUUCUAGAAUUGUUUGCUUUUUAUGUCGAUGGACUGGAUGCCAAUUCAGAAUAGGCAUUAAUUUAUUAUUAAUUCGGUGGUGCUUGACAAGUUCAUCAAGUCCCGCUAUUGCAGUAGAAAGCUGAACAUGCAAGUCUUGGCACGUGAGAUAAAAAUCUUGUCAAAUCAUCUGCUUGCCUCAGUCUGGGUUUUUGUGACUGGUGGAGUCAGAAAAAGCCAGCCAGAUUUCAGAAGGUUUUGCUGUGCAGUGUGCAGUGAUGGUGGGAAGCAGAUGAGAGAUGGCUGUGUCUGAUUCCACAGAGCCUUUAUCACAAUGCAAACACUGAAUAUCUCAGAAGAGGCAGCCUUAGCCUUCUGCUUAAGCAAGAGCAGUCUUUUCAUUGAGGGAAAGUCCUUCAUCCAUGUGAAGACUAAAAAAAUGAAACCCUGCAGUUGGGGUGAAAGGCAACAGUCAACACUAUUAUUUUAAUUUUUUUAAAUGUAUUAUAGGAGUUUAGGAGGUCAGAGCCUUGUGAUGCAAUGUUGCAAUAAGCUCUGUUUCUGCCUGGAAUGUGCAGUGUCAGUCAUACUCUCAAUGCAUGUUGGAGCCUGUGCUUCGCUCAAACACAGGCACAGCCUUGCAAGCGUGCAGGUGAGCUGCUCUCCGGGCUCCAGGACUGCGCCUCUGUAGCCUGUCCAGGCUGGCUCUGUCACGCAAUUCCUGUGGAAUGAGGAGAGGCUGGUGGGAAGGGUAAGCACUGGGAUGCAGUGAGGCGUCAGCAGGACCCAAAUGUUUGGCCACAUCAAGCAGAGGACGGGAUGAUGCCCAUGUUGCAGAUGGAAAACUGACAGACUUGGUGGCGGCCCUUAUUGUCGUGAACAGGGAGGAAGGCUUACUUGUACCAUGUACCUUUCACGUCUGACUUAGAUGUGGUCUGCAGCACCUAAAGUUGCCAGCUGGAAUUCAUCUGCAGACACUGGCGUGAAUUACAUUCGUCCAGGAGAUAACUCACUUGACUUAAAUGAUACAAGGAAUCCCUCUUCCUCUCCAGAGAGGACAGUGAGCAAAGAGUGGACUGAGAAACAGGGUGCAGCCCUCACUCCAGCACUGCCAGCAGAAUUUGAGGGUUUUACUGUGACAGUACUCCUUCCUUCACACCUUGAACCCAGGCCAGCGGCAAGCAGAACGUUUUACCUUGUAAGGACCUCUUGGUGGAGAUGUAAGGAGUUAGUGGGUUUCAGUCCAGUUUCCUGAUGGCCAGUAUCCCCACUGUCAAAACUGCCAUCACAAAUGUUCUUGCCUUGCUAGCACAGUGUGGAUUCUUAAUUGGUAUUUAAGCAUUGCGGUAGUAAACAUGAUUAAUACUAAUUGGCACUAGUUGGCAGCCUCCAAGGAGGAGCUCGGAGAGAGCCCAUGGGGACAAAAGUUGUUAUCCAGCCCACAUGCUCAGAGACCACUGUGGGUUUUUUGGGGAGGAGGGGCUAUGAGACCCCUGGCUCACUGGCCAGCAGCAAAUCUUGCUGGUGCCAUGCUGGGCUUUGCUCUGAGGCUGCUGCCACAACAACCUGAGUUUUUCUUCCCAAGAAGAGUCAUGAAGAGGGGGAGAGCAGGGAACACAGCAGGAGCUGAUAGUCCCACAGCCGUGCAGUGAAAGAACGAGGCCAUCCAGGGCAGCGGCCAGGUCAGUGCAGUCCCUUAUGGGCAGGUGGUUUGCGCCAUUACUAGUGUUGCAGGACAUGCACUGCUGCUGUGAGGAGGGCUUGUCUCUGGGUCACAACUCCCAGGGAGCAAGAGGGCACCUGCUUUACCACAGCCACGAAGCUGACUCCCCCAGAUAGGUCUUUUUUGUCACCAGGGUCUUUUUAGGAAGCUGUGGCUGAGUUUGUGAUGAAAUUUGCCGUGAGUUUCUGGCCUUCAUAUGCAUCCUGGCAGUAUCCCGCCUCGAUGGCAGGGAGAAAUCAGCUAGAUGGGAUUUUCCGUGUAUCAGGCAGGCAGGAGAAAGCUGCUUUGGUAGGUCUCUGGCUGGGGACAUGGGCCAUGCUGCAGGAGAGACCUUCCCUGGGGUGGGAGUGGCUGGGCUGGGGACCCUGGACCCCUAAGCGCAGGGUGCACAGCAAAGUUACUCUGCCCACAAAUGCCAACUCCAUCUUCAGGACUGUGAAUUGUGGAUCUGGGGGUUGUUUUGUGGGUCAGUGAAGAGAACAAAGAGGAUCUGGCUUUUAUUCUGAGAGAAAUGUAUUGUGUGAAAAUUAUAACGUGACUUGGUUUGUCAUUGUCUUUAAUGUUUGCCCAGUAUGAACAUCUCACCUCUUCUCAUUGCCCAUUAAUGUCUGAAGUUGAUUGUCGUUUAGAUACCGAUGCCUUGUAUUAAAAAUCUGAAUUGUACCUUUGAAUUAUCUGCCUUAAAAUGGCUCUGUGCCUUCAAAAUAACUCCUGGGCCAUGUCUCUCUUAGAGUGGGGGGAUAUACGGAUUCUCCCCCGUGUUUUAUAAAUACAUCAUCUUCCUACAAGAGCUCAGUUCUGUCUGUGUCUUACUCACACCCACAUGGCUACACAACAGGGAUUAGAAACCAGAGGCUGCUCCUCUGGCCUCGUGUAACUGAAGGCAUAGUCAAUACCAGAGAAAUGGGUCACACUCUGCCCAUGGACAGUGAGUAUCUGUAGCAAGAGGCGAGUGGGAGAUGCAAGGAGCAAGGUUAGCCGGUGAAUGAGCCCCUUUAGGGCUGUAGAAAGUGGAAUGGCAACAGAACAGUUUUUCUCCUGUCUUCCUGGGUUUAUCAUGUGAAACAAGGGAGAAAUAUUGGCCAAAUACACAUUCCAGCAAAGCAGAAGGGCUAUAUGAUUAUGGAGAAAGAAUGCAGAGGAUGAAGUAGUCCUUCUUGCAAGCCAGGGAACAAUUCCUGGACAAGACCACAGGUGAGAACCUAGAGGUGAGCUCGAUGCUCAGCACAGCCUACACAAAUGGGAGGUCAACUCUUUCACAGCAAGUGCUUAUUUAGAUUUAAACUUGGCUAAUUUUUGCUUCAACUGUGCCUCCUCAGAGUAUAAAAAGCUUGGCAGGAAUGGGAGUCAGACGUGGAGAGGGAAAAAGGCAGCCAAGGUUGCUAAUGAGUCUGAUUCCAUUAUAAUGAGAAACUAUUAUUGAAGGUGAAAGGGGGAAAUGCAUUCCAGAGUGC